GCGAUAUUUCAGAAUGAGGAGAGCUGCAGUUUUUCUGGCGUUGCUGCUCUGUCUGCUCUGGACGGGGGCUCAGGGUGAGGAUGGAGGGGGGACAGGGAAGAAAGAGGGGGAGUUUGAUAUCCAAGUAGUGAAAGCAGCCCACGAUCAGAGCAGCAGUGAGACCCAGAUGAGCACUGACGUCUGGGCUGAGCUGAAGGAGCUCAGAGACAUGGCCAUCAAACACAGGAUCAAGAUCCAGAGGCUGGAGCAAGACAACACAGUCACACAGGUCAGACUGACAGCCAGUGAGAGCAAGAAUGCAGCUUUAGAGGGCAGGAUGAGCUCCAGUGAAAAGCAGGUGGAGGAGCUCCAGAGAGAGAACGCAGAUCUCCUGGAUAGAGUCACAGCAAGUGAGAAUAAGAGCACAGCUCUAGAGAACAGGAUGAGCUCCAGUGAGAAGGAGGUGGAGGAGCUCCAGAGAGAGAACACAGCUCUAGAGGCCAAGAUGAGCUUCAGUGAAAAAGAGGUGCAGGAGCUGAAGAUAGACACUGCAGUUUUAGAGUCCAGGAUGAGCUCCAGUGAAAAGGAGGUGCAGGAGCUCCAGAGAGUGAACGCGGUUUCAGCUUUAGAGGCAAGGAUGAGCUCUAGUGAAAAGGAGGUGGAGGAGGUAAAGAGAGUGAACGCAGAUCUUCUGGCUCGAGUCACAGCAAGUGAGAAUAAGAGCACAGCUUUAGAGUCCAGGAUGAGCUCCAGUGAAAAGGAGGUGGAGGAGCUCCAGAGAGAGAACACAGACCGUCCUCAGGUGGCGUUCUCAGCCGGUCUAACUGAUUCAGGAUCAGUCGGACCCUUCACCACUGAUACCACACUGAAGUACAGUAAAGUCUUCACCAAUAUCGGCCAGGCCUACAGCCCAACUACAGGUAUCUUCACAGCCCCCGUCGGAGGAGUCUACUACUUCAGAUUCAACAUGUGGGGAGACAUCGAUUCAUCUUACACACAUGUUGGAUUCUUUCACAACGACCAGAGAAAGAUGAUGCUUAGUGAUUACAAUGAUGGCUAUGGCUUUGUCUCUGCGUCUAACUCAAUGGUUCUUCAGCUGGAGAAGGGAGAUGUUGUCUACAUCGUUCUCAACUCCAACAACGCCAUUUUUGAUGAUUCGUAUAAUCGCAUCAUUUUCAGUGGAUUUUUACUCUUUCCUCUGUGAAGCCCACUGUAAAACACCCACUGCAUUACGUUUCAACAUUACAUAUUAAUA